AUGAUACUAUUCAAACACAUGGAAGUUUUCUCUGUGAUUAUAUAUGCAGUUAUAUUUGUUCAUCAUGCUGCUUCACUAUCAGCAAACGCUGUAUGCAAUGAACUGCCUUCAAUCGAAAAUGGACGGUUAAUUUUGAAUGGUCGAAAAGCUCCUUUUAAUUCUGGGGACAUCGUAGAAUUUUCUUGCGAUCAAACUUAUGAAUCAGACAGAAGGAAUCCAAGAUUUACUUGCACAGUAGAAAAUGGACUUGCCCAUUGGACAAAUGACAGCUAUUGCAAGCUUAAGGUUAUCAGCUGUAAUGAUCCUGGCUUUAUCGAAAAUGCCGAUCGCCUUGGAUUUGUUUUUACAUACCCUCAUAACAUAACUUACGUUUGUAAUGAAGGUUACAAGAUGAAUGGCCGUGCUACAAAAAUAUGUAUGGCGAAUGGUCUGUGGCAUCCUUCCAAUAUGCCAACGUGUGAAGAAAUUGUUUGUCCAUUAUUAACUGAUCCUCCUAAUGGUAAAGUAAUAUCAUCACAAAAAAAACUUCAUUCUGUGGCUACGUAUCAGUGUGCUAGAAAUUUUAAACUGAAGGGAAGUGCAGAACGAGUUUGUCUUCUUGAUGGAACUUGGAGCGGUUCUAUGCCUACUUGUGAAGAAAUAUAUUGUGCAGAUCCUGGGCCCUUUGAUAACAUACAAGUUCUUCCUCAACAGCAAAAGUUCAAAGCAGGGGAGAUAGUUAUUUUUAAAUGCAUAAUCGGUACGACUCGAGCAUCAUCCAAAUGCUCGGACAAUGGAGAAUGGACUUCUAGACCCCCAAUUUGUCCAGAAGUAAAAAAGACUGAAUCGACUAUUAUAACAGCAGCUACCACACCUGAAACAAUCACUGAAGUGAAAAGGACAGAUUCUUCUUUGAUUUCGACCACUCCUGAUGUAUUUACUGAUGCAUCAAUCGAAAAGAAAGUUUCAUGUGAGGAUCCUGGAAAAAUCAAGAAUGGUGAUCGAACAUUUGUUACUCUGAACAUCAACAGUACGCUGACCUAUCAAUGUGAUGAAGGUUACGAGUUAAAAGGGAAAAGCAUACUGCUGUGUUUAGAAAAUGGAAAGUGGGACUUAGAUACAUUGCCCUAUUGUAAAAAAAUAAUGGAUACACCUACUAUAAUUGGAAUUGUUUUUGGCAUCAUAGCCCUCAUUGCGCUUGUGAUUGCGGGAUGGUUCUUCUAUAGAUGGCGAGAAAAAAGGUUGCGAGGCUAUGGUGAAAAAAGCAAAGCACUGACUGCUGAUGCUGCAGAUUUGGAGGAAAUCACUGGACUGGAGAAAGGAAAAAAGCCUGUACCUGUAACUGUUUUGUAACUUACUACUUAAAGAUAAUUGGCUUGAACAUUCAAGCUAUUUCCUCUUGAGAGCUUCUAAAAUGAUCUUACAGGAAAUUCAAGGUCCUGUGCGAGUGAGCGGAUGACUAUUGUUCUGUGUUAGAGCACAGAUGGACAGAAUGGAUGUUCCAUCUAUUUAUGUUGUUAAAACAAGUAUCAUCAAGCCCCUUUAUUAAUCAUCUAAGUAAAGUGAUGCAUUUUUUAAUGCUGGAAAUGAUCUGAUGCUUCUGAAAACACUCAAGAGUACCCUGUGCAAGAAGCAAAGCAUAUCACCCUGA